UCGACUUGUGAAAACCUGCCCAAAGGGUGUGUUUUUAGAGCGGUACGUAUAUUUGCUCCGCAUCACGCACUGCAGACAUGGAAAAAGGAGUCGGUGUGUAUGAAAUGGCCAGUGUUAGCGCUAAAAGACAUCGUAUAAGUUAUUUAAGGAGCGCGGAGGAGCUCGCGUGACGCUGCCGCCAAUACAGCAACGUCAUACGUAGUUCGAGCGACUUUUCCUUGUCGUCCGGAUCGGGACAGUACAGCAGGUUCCGAUGCGAUCAGAAGAUAACAACAACCAAGAUGAGGAGAACUUUAUUUGAGGACUGAUUUUUAUCGAUGAGGAGUGUCUUGGAGUUGUCAUUGAGUGUCCUUUUCACGCGGUUUCUGAGGGGCUGGUGGUGAUGAUGGUGAUGAUGAUAUUGGAGGUUGAAAAUGAACACCUUACAGUGUAACGCCUUGAGGGGAUCUUCUCACACCAAAUAUUUGAGUUGAGUUUAUAUACCCGCUUAUAUUUCCUGCUUUACAUGCCGGUAUAUACACACUUACCGGUCUAUAUUUCCUGGUUUGCAGUUUUUUUCACCUGGAGAGGGUGUGCUGCUCGGUUAAACGUUAAGUGCUUGACUCAAGCCAGGAAGUAGGAAACCCAAGAGCCAUUUAUAUUUAAAUCAAUCCGGGGUCAGAAAAUGAUCCAGGGAUUACCUUGUAGAUUAAAAGGAAACUUCACCGUAGAGCUUGUUAAAGAACUGACAGACUUGGUCAGAUAAUAUCGUGUUGUUCGUGUAUCUGGAGAGACUCGAUUCCUCUAAUCUUCUGAAACGCUCAACUGUCAUGGAGCUCAAGAUGUUCCUCCUCGUCUUGGGGCUCCUGGUGGGCAUCAGCUCUCCAGGCAGGGCCGCCAAUCACGGAAAGCCCCCUGACACCUAUGACCACGAGCUCCAGAAUCAAGGGAACUACACUCGUGCUACUCCGUCCAAGAAGCCCUUCCCGGUUCUGUCAUUUAAUUUUGAACACGUUAAGGUCCCCUUUGAGAUUUCAUUAUGGGUUCUGCUGGCUUCACUCAUGAAACUGGGGUUCCACCUGAUCCCUCGCUUGUCCUCUAUCGUGCCGGAGAGCUGUCUGCUGAUCGUGGUGGGCCUGCUGGUCGGCGGUCUCAUGAAGGUGGUAAGCGAGGUCCCUCCGGUGCUGGAUUCCAACGUCUUCUUCCUGUACCUGCUGCCUCCCAUCAUCCUCGACGCCGGCUACUUCCUGCCCAUACGGCAAUUCACUGAGAACCUGGGCACUAUUCUCAUGUUUGCAGUGGUGGGAACGCUCUGGAAUGCCUUCUUUGUUGGUGGUCUGCUAUACGGCGUUUGCCAGCUCGAGGGCCAUAAACUGGUGAACGUGGACCUCCUGUCAUGCCUGCUGUUCGGCUCCAUCAUCUCAGCCGUGGACCCCGUGGCCGUGCUGGCUGUGUUUGAGGAGAUCCACAUUAAUGAGCUGCUCCACAUCCUGGUGUUCGGAGAGUCUUUACUUAAUGACGCCGUCACUGUGGUGCUGUAUCAUCUCUUUGAGGAGUACAGCACUGUGGGAACGAUCACUGUGAUGGAUGUGUUUCUGGGUGUCGUGUGUUUUCUGGUUGUGUCGUUGGGCGGUAUCGUGGUGGGCGCCAUCUAUGGGAUCCUGGCAGCCUUCACGUCCCGCUUCACCUCGCACACGCGCGUCAUCGAGCCUCUGUUCGUCUUCGUCUACAGCUACAUGGCUUACCUGUCGGCGGAGGUGUUUCAUCUGUCCGGCAUCAUGGCGCUAAUCGCAUGUGGUGCUGUAAUGCGUCCCUAUGUGGAGGCCAACAUUUCGCAUAAAUCCCACACCACCAUCAAGUACUUCCUGAAGAUGUGGAGCAGCGUGAGCGACACGCUCAUCUUCAUCUUCCUGGGAGUGUCGACGGUGGCCGGGCCACAUGAGUGGAACUGGACCUUCGUGGUAGCGACCGUCAUUUUCUGCCUGGUGGCGCGUGUUCUGGGUGUUGUCGGCUUGACCUUCGUGAUCAACAAGUUCCGUAUCGUCAAACUCACCCCUAAGGACCAGUUUAUCAUAGCUUACGGCGGACUGAGAGGAGCGAUCGCCUUCUCCCUGGUCUACCUGCUGUCGACUGAACACUUCCCCAAGAGAAACAUGUUCCUCACCGCCAUCAUCACGGUCAUCUUCUUCACGGUGUUUGUGCAGGGCAUGACCAUUCGACCUCUGGUGGACCUCCUGGCGGUGAAGAAGAAACAGGAAACGAAGCGAUCUAUUAAUGAGGAGAUUCACACACAGUUUCUGGACCAUCUGCUAACCGGCAUCGAGGACAUCUGCGGACAUUACGGACAUCAUCACUGGAAGGACAAGCUGAACCGGUUCAAUAAGAAGUACGUGAAGAAGUGCCUGAUAGCGGGCGAGCGCUCCAGAGAACCACAGCUGAUCGCCUUCUACCACAAGAUGGAGAUGAAGCAGGCCAUCGAGCUGGUGGAGAGCGGCGGCGGAGCCAAGCUGCCCUCGGCCCUGCCGUCCACCGUCUCCAUGCAGAACAUCCAGCCCAAGAAGCCUCCUCAGGACCGGGCGCUGCCGCAGCUCUCCAAGGCUCGUGAGCAAGAGAUCAGGAAGAUCCUGCGCACCAACCUGCAGAGGACCCGCCAGAGACUGCGCUCCUACAACAGACACACCCUGAUUGCUGAUCCAUACGAGGAUGGCUGGAACGAGAUCCUCAUCAAACGGAAGAAAAUGAUGGAACUGGAAAAGAAGAUAUCACAGAUGAAUAAUUACCUCACCGUUCCCGCUCCGCCUCCUGAUUCUCCCACCAUCGCUCGAGCUCGACUGGCUUCAGACCCUCAAGCAUGGGGCCUCAAGUCCGUCACAGAAAGCAUCCCCACUAUUAAAGUGGACCUCGCCUCACCGCAGAGCCCAGAGUCUGUCAACGUGGUGAACGAGUUCGGCAAGAAGGGAAGCCAGCCGAAGGGAAGCCAGCUGAAGGCGAGCGAGGAGGAGGAAGGUGGCCUCACCAUGAAAAUUCCCUCUCCUCCGAAGCAGAGAAAAGACAAAACGGCCGACGAGGACAACGACAAGGAACCGCAGCAACGGUUAAUGCGCUGUCUGAGCGACCCGGGCCCCGCCGCUGAAGAGGAAGAUGAGGACGAGCCAUUCCUCCCCUGAGAGAUGAACGAGCUCCGGCCUGUAUCUGUGGUCCUCAUGGAGGAUCGCUAACUGCUGUAAUACAGAGGACAGAUGUAUAAUCUGUAGGAAGCCAAAACGAAAGGAAAGUGAACCAAAAUAAAGGAAAUGAAAGGGAGCGAUCAAAAUAAGCCAUUUAUUUAAUUUUUUUUGUUUUUGUUUAUCAUUGCUCUAUUCAUUUGAAGCCUAACACUGUCCUUACCAGGCAUGAUGUGACUCAAAUCCUAAGCGAUGAGUGAUUGUCAUUGAGUUCCUGUUAUAAAACAUCAGGUUUAUUAUUUCUGGUCACAUCAUGUCCGGUUCGGAAGUAAAUGUUCCCGCCUAGCAUUGGCUAUGGAAUGGUAUUAUUCCACACGAGGGGAACAGAUCUAUGCAUUACCAAACGGUCGCACUGUUCAGUCUAUUCAGGUGAAACGCUUCUGUUUUUGUUUUCAAAGCAUUGAUGCAUUUUCUAGUUCACGAUGCUCUUGUGUUCGUUCACGUGAAUUGCCUUUGUUUUCGUGGUGCGAGUAUCACUAGUUGUUUUACCUCUAGGGGAGUUAGAUUUGUUUAUCAGGAGCAAUAUGAAACCGGUUACAUUAUAGCCUUUCUUAUAUUUAUCAUACAGAUGGUGCGUAUUUACACUGGCUUAUUAUUUCGUCCCACACGUGGAGGACCAUUUAAGUCACGCUCCAUUUGCAGUGCACAUAACAAACCUGAGAAACAACUAUAUACUCAUUGUGAUUGCACAAGAGAUUUACAUAUGUAAAGGCUUUAUUUUGCACCAAAAAGUUGAUUGACCAGUUUGAUUGGUUGUGAUCGUGUUUCCUGUUUUCUUUGCUUGUACUUUAUAUCAAAGAACAUUUUGGUCUAAUAGUCUUUAAUUCCCUUUAAAUGCACUCAAGCGCUUUGGUGACCAGUCAUGACCACUCUGAAAAACAUCUGGACCGUUGUAUCAGCAAAUCUUGAUUUUAAAGGAAUAGUUCAUGCAGAAAGAACACAAUUCUGUCAUUAUUUACUCUCUUCAUUUCAUUCCAAACCCAUAUGCGGGUUUUUUUUCCCAUGGAAAGACAAAUGUUUAUCUUGACGCAGCUCUUUUCCAUAAAAUUUCAUGGUAACCCCAUCUGGCGGUCUCCCACAAAGCAUCAUGAAAGUAUCUAAACUGUCGUCUUUAUGAUUCUGUACAUUAUAUUCCAAUUCUUCUGAGGUCAUAUGAUUAUAGAAGCCCAUUUCUGCCACAGAAAGUCAUGGUAAAUCAUAAUAAUGACAAAAUGUGAGAUACCAUGUCAUAAUUGUGAAGACAAAGUCAUAAUUAUGGCAUAAUAUCUCAUAUUGUGCAUCAUAAAUUUGAGGAAAGUCGAAAUUGACACUAAGAUUUGUAUGAUUAAAAAGAAAUUCUGAGAUGAGUCAUAAUCAUGACAAAGUCAAAAUAUGAGAUACUAAGUCAUAAUUAUGAAAUAAAAGGUCACAAUUAUGGCACACUAAGUGAUAAGUAUAAGAUAAAAAGCGGAAAUUAUGACAGUCAAAACUAUGAAAUGAAAAAAGUAAACAUUGAGAGUCAUACAUUUUCAAAAUAUGAGAUACUGAGUUAUAACUAUGAGACAGUAAGCCAUAAUUGACAUAAAAAGUCAAAAUAUGAGAUAUUAAGUUACAAUCAUGAGACAAGAAGCCAUAAUUAUGACAUCUCAUAUUUUGACUUUUAAUUCAUAUAAUUAUGAGACAAAGGUCAUAAUUAUGACAGUCAAAAUGUAAGCUACUAUGUCAUAAUUAUGAGAUAAGUUAUAAUUAUGACACGCUAAGUGAUACUGUAGGUAUGAGGGAAAAAAGUGGAAACUAUGACCGUCAAAACUGAGAUAAAAAGUAAAAAUUGUCAGGGAGGCUGAGUCAUAAUUAUGAGAUAAGCCAUAAUUGACAUAAAUCGUCAGAAUUAUGACAUACUAAUUUAUGAUAAAAGCUAUUACAAAGUCAAAAUUAUCAGAUAGAAAGUUGAAAUUGUCCAAGCUGAAAUUAUGAGAUAAAAAGUUGAAAUUGGCAAAGUCAAAUUUGACCUACAAAUUCAAAAUUAUUAAAUAAAAAGCAUAAAUUAUGGCACGCAACAAGUCAUAAUUAUGAGAUAAGGUGGAAAUUAGGACACAAGGUCAAAAUUAUGAGAUCAAAAUUGUCAUGACGACUUGUGCCAUAAUUUCACAUUUUUAUUUUGUAAUUGUGACUUUCUGUCUCAUAAUUUUGACUUCGGUCAUAAUUAUGACUUACAAAAGCAUGCUUUUUUCCCCCUCAUUUGUCAGAAAUGGGUUUCCGUAGUAAACACUUGAAGCCGGUAAAUGAAAACGGAUACUGUAUCUUAUUUUUGGGUGAAUUGUUCCUUUAAUACCUGCAGAUGAACAUUUUUCUGAAACCCUUCACCAUGUAGCUCUGCAUUCACACACACACAAAUAUUUUUACUGCCGGUGUGAUGGAAACGCAGGUUCGGGUUCGGAAAUGUUGAUUUGAGUUGCAUGACCCCCAAACAGUGUGAUUGUAUCCCGAAAGAGCUAUGCAGAGUCUGAAGUAUGAAUUAUAUGAAUCAUUCCCUUUAUAGCCCUUGCACCGCGAGUAUCAAAACACUGGCCUUUGAUUCUCCUGCAACCGAGAUCCUGCUCUGGAGGUGCAUUGCAUAUUUUAGAAAGAAUCAAUAAUAUAUCAAAAUCAGAAAGUCUUUUGCAUGCACAGAGAUUAGAUUAGUCUUAUUUUAAUGUGAGAUGUGGUAAAAUCAUAUCUAUAUAUUUUACAGAUGUGAACUCUAAAGGUCCAGAGAUGUCUAUAUUCUGCUUUGAAGUAUUACAGCGCUAACUGACCAGUUAUUUAGCUUUUUACUUUUGCCUUUGAGAAGAGAUGCGUCUCCUCCUCAGAUUUGUCACGGCCUUCGCUGAAGUUCAUGCACUUGAUGCUGGUUUUGGUCUCGCCUGCCCUGUUGUGUCUGACGAGUGUUCACAGCCGUCAUUAUGCGAUGUAAACGCAGAGCAGAGGACGAGUCGCCUUGAUGUCAGGUUUCGACUGUAGUACUCACAUCAAUCAGGAGAGGGGGAACAUUUAAAAAGGAAUAUUUCAGCCAAAAAUGAGAAUUCUGUCAUUAUUUACUCAACCUUAGUUUGUUAUAAGCCUGAAAGUUUUGAAAGAUCUUUAUGCAGCUUUGUGUUUUAUGGGAAAAAAACGGAGCAUAUUGGUUUGGAACCAGUGUUAUUACUGCUAGUAGCAUUGAGAUACUACUAUAGUUUCUACUAAUAUUUUAAAUUCUUUUAUAUUUUUCUGAUUUCAUUUUAGUAGUUUUGUUGUGUUUGUCAUUUUUAGGAGUUUUUUUUUUUUUUUUUUAAAUUUAACUAGUAUUUAUUAUUAAUUUUUAUUUUAGUUCAUAAAGUUAAACUAAAUUGCAGUGAUAAGUGUUGCCUUGGAAACUAUCUGAAGUAAAGAGUGUUUUCUAUAUUUUAUUUUAGUCAACAUUUACUUUUAUUUCAUUUAACGAUUUUUAUGGUUUUAGUUUUGUUUUUGUUAGUUUUUUAAAUACAUUUAUAUAGUCUUUAUUUAAUUUAAUUUUAGUUUUAGUUAUUUUGGUACGUCAGGUUCAACUAAAUUAAAAUGAUACAUUUUGCCUUGGUGUCUAGCUGAAACAAAAGAAAUGUUUUUUUAAUAUACAUAUUUUUAUAUACUUUUUCAAGUAACAAGUAGGUUUUAUUCAUUUUUAUUUUAGUUUUAGUUAUUUUAGUACAUCAAAUUAAACUAAAUUCAAAUAAUAAAUUAGCUGACAAAAUGUAUAUAAUUUUUUUAAAUUAUCUGUUUAUUUUAUUUCAAUUAAAGUUUACUAUAUUUUAAGUAACCUUUUUUUUAUGAUUUUAGUUUGAGUUAACCUGCUUGUAUCAACAUGAGGAUGAUUAAAUAAAGACAGAAUUUACGUUUUUAAAUGAAAUAUUCUUUAAAAUUUUCUUUGUCUUUGACAUGAAGCUGAAUGCCAAUGAUCUGCCCUUGUCUGUUGUUUCUGAAGUUUGUUUUAAUGGUAUUCUGUAUAUUUAAUAAGUCAGCUUGCUUUUUGUUUGUCUGUGUUUUAUUUAAUUUUUAUUUUUUUUAAUUGCUUGCCACUGAUUCUUUUGGUUGAUUAACGUUAUUGUGUAAUUUUUUGAAUCAUAUUCACCAUAAAGCCUCUUUAUACAGACAUCAUGUACUUGAUGUUCGCUUGUUUUGCAUAAUUCUGCCUUGUUUUCAGAGUUUAAUCUUGAAGCACAUGAACGAUUCUGUGCGUUUACAUUAUUUCUGUGCAUGCUGUAGCUUUAAACUGCUGCUCAUCUGCCUGUGAGAUCAUGCCGUUUGUAAUUAUGAAAGCUUAUUUAUCCACGCAGCUGGUUUGAUAAACCAUGUUCUCGUGUCUUGUCUUUGGUGCUUAUUGUUUGGCUGCAGACUCGAGAUGAGGAGUUUAAUAACCUGAGCUCAUUUUCAUCUGAUUUGUGAUGACGGGACUCAAAUGCAAACUAAAGACUGAACAAACCCAUUGCUCUCUGAAAUGAAUGUUAAUAUGUCUGUACAUGAAGCCACGAGCCAUGCUUUCAACUUUCACAUCAUUAUAACCUUCAAAUGGUUUGAAAUGAGCAUUCAAGACUUAUGUCAGCAUUCAACUGCUUUUAUUUUCAGUUCUGUUCGGGUUGCACAAAAAAUGACACUCUGUACCUGUAAUAUUCAACUUUUGCUUAAGUUUCAGGGUCUUUUCUCAGUUUUGCUGUUGCAUUAUUGAUUAUGGAUCAUCCUGAAGAACUGUAACUGCUCUCAAACAUGCUUCAAUUCUAAAUGAAAUUACUUUAUAAAGCUAUGAUGUGCAUGAAUUAUUUACGUGCUCUUAUUUAUGUUUACCCAAAUACAAGUCAAAGAAACAAUCGGUUAAUUUGUGCUUAAACAUCUUGUUUCAUAAUCGUGAGCUUUCAGCUUCCUCUUUUGUUUCUAAACGCAGAUUUAAGAGGCCGUUUAAAGCACUUUAUCAUGAACAACCUUUAAAACAAAUCAUUUUUAAAAUGCAGCAAUAAUUAAGCCAUCGUUCAGUGAACAUUCACUACAGUAGGCACACAGACUUUACCUCUCUGUGUAAUGUUGAGAAGUGUUGGUUGAUUUUAUAUGGGCUAAUGUGGAUUUUUAACUCGUAGGAACGAUUAUUUGUUGUGGGUCCAAAUAUGAGAGCUGAGUUUGUCUGAAUGUUAUUAAUCUACUGUUAUAUAAUCUAUUCAUGUCCUUUAUCUCUCCUGUUUUGACUGGAUUAAUUCAUUGUCAUUUGAAAUUGCAAUAAAAUGUUUAUUUUAUAUACACACACACACAAAAUAAAUGAAAUCUAAAUAUAAGAUUUGAGAGAUAUAUAUAUAUAAAUCCAAGUGUAGCACUACAAGGAUUCACUGUAUUUGUCGAGACGCUUCAGCAUUUCGCUCUUGCAUUCUGGGAACUAACAUUUAUGGUCAUCAAAGAUACAUGAAUAAAGUUUUCAUUUGCUAAAAGCAUUGCUUUCUCUUUGAUGUGAAUGUGAGGUUGGGAUGUAAAUGCACGGUUCGAGCAGCAGAGGGCGCUGCUGUUUCAUUGCAGCUGGAGCAAAAAAAAAAAGAAAUGACCUGAAGCUCUUGAAUAAAUGAGGCGUUUAACCUUUUGGAAAUA